AUGGAGGAUGAAGAUCUGGAGUUAGAAAAAGCAAGGUUAAUUAGCUUAGCUCUCGAAUUUGGAUUCGAUCAAGAUUCGGCCAAUAAGUGCUUGGACCGCCUCGUUCAGCUCUAUGGUGAUGAUGGACGAGACUUCAUCACUGUGGAGCACUGUGGUGAUGACUUUCUGGCAACACUCGCCGAAUCUAUGCAAGACACUGAGGAUUGGGAUAAUGUGGAAGCCAUGGAGUCAGAAGCUUGUGGUGCUUUAGCUGAGUUGUUAGACCAGGAUCUUCUGAAGAAUUCUGAUGCUAAGGAUAAUGAAAGUUCAAGAAGCCAUAUCCACAUUAUAGAAGAUUCUCCUGAAUGUCAAAAACGUCAAAAUUUCACUACGAUAGAUUCUUCAAGUGACAGCGAGGAGGCAGAAUUCAUGAUACCUAGCAAUAAGCACAUCAAAUUCACCUCUAAGCAUUGUCUUGAUGGCAGCAGUCAGGACCUCUCUCCAAGUUCAAAUAAUCAUCCUUCAACAUCUAUGGAUUGCAGGAGCAGUGUUACUCAAAGUUCAGUUUCAUCAAUUUUCAGCGAAAUAAGAGAAUCCAGGUCAUCCAAAAAUGCACACGGAACUCUAACGUAUGAAGAAUUGCAACAAUUGGAUGACAUUGAAUUGGCAAAUGUAGUAGUAUUUGGUAACAGGAGUUUUCGGCCCUUGCAGCACCAGGCUUGUAAAGCAUCUCUCGAAAAGAGGGACUGUUUUAUUCUUAUGCCUACUGGAGGUGGUAAAAGCCUUUGUUAUCAGCUCCCAGCCAUUCUCCAGCCAGGUGUUACAGUUGUUAUAUCCCCCCUUCUUUCCCUUAUUCAAGAUCAGAUAGUCACGCUAAAUCUGAAGUUUGGAAUAGCUGCAACUUUUUUAAAUUCUCAACAAACACCAUCACAAGCAGCAGCUGUACUUCAAGAACUAAGGAAAGAUAGCCCUUCUUGUAAACUUCUGUAUGUAACUCCUGAAAGAGUUGCUGGAAAUAUACCAUUUCAGGAGAUCCUAAAAUGUCUUCACAGGAAGGGACAAUUAGCGGGCUUUGCUGUUGAUGAAGCUCACUGUGUGAGCCAGUGGGGGCAUGACUUUCGACCAGACUACAGGGUAUUAGGAUGUCUUAAACAAAACUUUCCUCGUGUUCCUUUGAUGGCUUUAACUGCCACAGCAACGAAGACAGUUCGUAAGGACGUCUUAAAUGCCUUGAGAAUUCCCCAUGCAAUUGUCCUUGAGACAAGUUUUGACAGACCCAACUUAAAGUACGAAGUGAUGGGGAAAACUAAAGAACCACUAAAGCAGCUAGGGAAAUUACUGUUGGAUCGUUUCAAGAACGUAUGUGGAAUUGUAUACUGCCUUUCGAAAAAUGAAUGUGUGGAGGUCUCAAAGUUUUUGAAUGAGAAACUCAAAAUUAAGACAGUAUACUAUCAUGCUGGAUUGGCCGCUCGUCAGAGAGUUGCAGUCCAGAAGAAAUGGCAUACUGGAGAAGUCCAUGUUGUUUGCGCUACUAUUGCUUUUGGGAUGGGAAUAGACAAACCUGAUGUUCGGUUCGUCAUUCACAACACCAUGUCCAAAUCAAUUGAAAGCUACUAUCAGGAAUCUGGAAGGGCAGGACGAGAUAAUCUUCCUUCCAUAUGCAUUGUUUUAUACCAGAAGAAGGAUUUCAGCCGGGUUGUAUGCAUGCUGAGAAGUGGACAAAGAGGUAGAAGUGAAAGCUUCAGGACGGCCAUGGAUCAAGCUCGAAAAAUGCAGCAAUACUGUGAGCAGAAGGAUGAAUGUCGUAGGCAAGCAUUACUUGAGCACUUUGGAGAAUCCUUUGAUCGGAAUACCUGCAAAUAUGGUUCUAACCCCUGUGAUAACUGCCUCAAGACAUCCUCGUGA